CGUGUCCGGCGCGGCGCCGCGGCCCCUCUUUGGGCGCACGGGCGGCCCCGCCCCGCGCUGGCGGGAAGGCCCCGCGCCGCGGCCGGUCGGGGCGUGCGGCUGGAGCGGCUCCGGCUCAUGGCGCGCUGCGGCGGCAUCACCCCCAGGGGCCCUGGGCUGGCGACAGCGGAGCGGCGGCGGCUGAAGGCUGCGCUGGCCGAGCAGCUCCGGCGGGACCUGGGCAGGCUUGUGUAUUCAUCUGAUAAAAAUCUUACUGAAGCCAAGGACCUGGCUGUGAUUAAAAAGCUAUUGGAACCCAAAUUGAUGCAAGAAGACAACAUCGCUGCUCAUCAGAGCACUCAAACAAACGUCAAUUCUCUUGAAGAUGGCAAAAAAACACCUGCUUAUCAGAGUACUCCAAGUGGAGCUGUGCAGAAAGAAGUUGCUUGUUCAUCUUGUAUUGAAGAGGGAAUUCCAGAAGCAGUCGUUGAUGCAGAAAGCAGCGAAGCCGCUGCAGGUAAUUCCACACUAGAAACUGCAUCUGUGCUAGGAGAAAACUUACUGAUGCUCUACAAGAAGUGCUGUUGCCCAGAUAUCACUCUUUGCGUAGAAGGCAAGCAUUUCCAAGCUCACAGGGCCAUUUUGUGUGCCAGAUCACGUUACUUUGCUGCAAUGUUGAAUGGAAGCUGGGCUGAGAGCUCCCAGGAGCGCGUCACUCUGCGAGGUAUAAGCCAUGAAGAAAUGAAUGUCAUCUUGCAUUUUAUUUAUGGAGCUGUUCUGGACUUCCCAGACAAAGUCGAUGUUGGACGCAUGCUGGGCAUUGCAGAUAUGUAUGGGCUGGAUGGGCUGAAAGAAGUGGCGAUCUACAUUUUGAAAAGGGAUUAUUGCAACUUUUUCCAAAAGCCGGUUCCUGGAAGACAGCAGCCGGUACUGGAAUGCAUGGCUAUUGCACAUUCACUGGGAGUGGAAAACCUGUAUGCUGCUUGCAUGAAAUGGGUAGGGAAACAUUUCGCAAAAUGUUUGUCGGAGAGAAGCUUUGCCAGUUUACCAACUGAGCUUCAGAACAACUGUCUCACCAUGUUGAUUAACUCUUUGAACCAUGAGAAUGCCGCUUUCCUUCUGAUGGAGAGCGACCGGCUGAUCAAUAGCCUUCCCCACGUGAAAUGGACGGAGGCGGCCGUGGCCUUGGCAUCCAGGCUGCGAGAGGAAUGUGUGACAUUCAUUGUGGCGAACUUCCUACGUGUGGUACAGAGUGACAGCUUCUCUGGUUUGCUGCAGGCACAGGCAAUGAGCAGCAAACCCGACCUUCUAGAACUAAUUUUUAAUGCAAUUGAAAAAGGUAUUAAUAAUGAAAAUAGCUGCUUUCUCCUUGUAGCUGUGGAUACAUUGUUGGACUCCACAGACGUGAAGGAGAAGGGCUUUACGUGCGAGAUCCAGGCGCUGCGUGAUAAGCUCUGGGUCUUCCUGGUUCAGUCUUUUUAUGCUGUUCGGCACACAGAGGGCUGGAAGCUGAUGAGGCCGGACCAUCAACAGAAAAUACAAGCAGCUGCAGUUGACAAGGGUGAUGACCGAAGGCUGGGCAAAAAACCUGUGUUCACUAGUUCUCAGCUAAACAAAUCUGUUACCAAAUCUGUUGGCAUACGGGAGCACUGCAAGAAAGAUUGCUGGGGAGAUCCUUCCACUAAUCAGGAUAAAAUGAAAUCGGAUGGAUUAGGAGCAUCUGGACAUACAUCAAGCACCAGUAGAAACAUUGUUGUUAAGGCUUCAAAGCAUGAGGAUGCAAAGGGGAAAGAUGGCAAAAAAGUAGUUUCCAAGAUUGCUAAGGAUUCAAAAUCUGGGGAAAAACCUGCUUCACCAAAAGCUAGAGCUGUUAUAAAGACCAAAACAGAAAAUAAUGGCUCUGUGAAGGCUGAAAGCACACUUACCAAGCAAGAUACAGAAAAGACAUCAUCUGCAGGUGGACAGAAAAAUGUGGGAAGUGGCAAAGGACUAAAGAACCAUGAGGGGAAAGUUGCAGGUGCCAGACCUAAAGUCCUGACAGUAACCUCCAACGUGCAGAUCAAAACAAAACCAUUGAAGAAAGCCCCGGGGAAGGAGUCUCCCCCCGGAGGGACUGUGGCAGGAGCUGCCAGCAUGUCAGCCAACUCAAGCACAGAGAUCCAGACUGCAGGUGAACAGGCAGAGGAACCCAGAGAGGAAAGACUGGUAGAAGAAGGGAAAAAACAGACAGCAGUGAAAACAAAGUCAUCUGCAAAGACAUCAAAUGGAGUCACAAACAACAAAAAAAAGACUGAGCAGGAGGCUAGUACCGUGGCAAGCAGGUCAUUCAGAGUUCUGCACGCUGGAACGGUUAACGACUGCACAAGUCUGACAAAAAAAACAACUGGAAAAGGGUGUAAUGAACAAAACGUACAAGCUCUAAAGAAAAAAGGGAACGUGAGUAGCAAUUCUGCAGCACAGCAAAAGGCUCCAAGCACACCUACCAGUUCUCCCAGGAGCCAAGGACCUCAGGCAGAAUCGCCAAAUUCACUGAAAUCAGGAAUGUCUCCAAAACAUAAUGAAGAAAAAAAUGUGUUACAACAUCUGUUUCAGACAGCGCUCCCAGAAAAACACCCUUCAGCCAAGAAGAGGAGUGUGAAGCAGUCACAGACUCCUGUAGUGAAAGCCACUGCAAAAAUCCCACCUAAAACACAGGCUCUGUCGAAGCAUGCUGAGAUUGUGAAUAAUAAGGACCUGAAACUGAAAACAAGUGGGCAAUCUGUAUCAAAAUCUAAGUCCCUUGCACAAAAACAUUCACGGAGUGAAUCUCCUGUUGUCCAGAAGAACGGUCACGCUGCUGAGCACAGCAGCUCAGGACAGAGACUGGAAAAGAGUGUGGCUGAAGCUGUGGCAGGGCAGCUGCACGGCAAUAGCGAGUGCCGCUCUGUGAAGCAAAGUGCAUCUUUAGCAUCUGGGGUGGGAAGCAGCAGCGAAGAGAAGCUGCUGACGUCCUGUCAACCCAAAAACCAGAAAUCAUCAGAUCCUUCUGAAAGUGUGGAAUACAAAAUACAAUCCGAAUCUUCUUCUGUAAUUACAGGGGAAACUGUUUCUAAACUGCAUGUUUCGCUGCAAAACAAAAUGGAACCAAAGCAAAUCUGUGGAUCUCAGACUGGAAUUAAACAGGUGGAGGAUACAGAGAAAGGUGAUUACACAGCUGAAUUUUCCUGUCACGCGCCGUCUGCCAGUGAUGGACACUCAGACUCUUCCAAGGAAACCAGUCAAAAUGUUACUGUUUCGGGAGACCUGGCGAAACAUUCAGCAGCAACAAAAGUCUGUACUGAACAAAGUGAUAAAUUAAAUGCUGAAACAAGUGAAAAUGCUUUACCAGGCUUUUCCAGAACAAUAACCAAUGAAGAGGAUGGAAUGUCAUCUCCUCAGCUUCAUAUGGAGGGGUUUCUUACAGCUGAUGAGCUGUGUGAUACCUCAGCUUUAAGUGAAUACCCAUCGGUUACAGCAGAUUUAGAUGAUGUUUCAGAAUGUUCCACAGAACAAAUUACAGAGAAAUGUUCCCCUAGUUACACAGAGCCCACAGAUCCUAUGGAAACUCCAGAAAACCAUGAAAACGCAGAAAUUCCCUUUGUGGACCACUGGAGUACUGGUGCGCUAGAUCCAAAGGAGAGUCCUGAGUCGGAUACUGGCAGUGCAACCACGUCCUCUGAUGAUAUAAAACCAAGGUCAGAAGAUUACGAUGCUGGAGGCUCACAGGAUGAUGAAGGAUCCAACGAGAGAGGGAUUUCUAAAUGUAGCACUAUGUUAUGCCAUGAUUUUCUUGGAAGAAGCAGCAGCGACACAAGUACACCUGAGGAAUUAAAAAUCUAUGACAGCAGCCUAAGAAUAGAAGUGAAAAUGAAAAAAGAGGGUUCUGAUCUCUUCCGUGUUAAUUCAACGAGUGACGAUGAAAUACCAAGAAAACGACCUGAGAUUUGGUCCCAUCAAGAAGGUGCAAGGCCCAACACCAGACAGAGCAAAAGUUCUACUUUCUGUAAUACACAGUUUAUUCAGGAAGCAGAUCAAGUUUCUUCUUCUGCUGAUGAGACAGAAGAUGACAGAUCUGAAGCAGAGAACAUUGCAGAAAGCUUUCCUCCCCCAAAUGUUCCUACUCAACAGUUCCAAGGAAUUGAUAACUUAGCUUUUGAAGAUGCCACAGAAAAUGACACUGUAAGUCAAGAGUUUUCUAAAAGUAAAAAUUUCAAACGAUCCGUUUUACUGUCAGUAGAUGAAUGCGAAGAGUUGGGAUCUGAUGAUAGAGCAGAAACUCAUACUUCACGUCAGCAUUCCAUAGAAUCUCUUACUCCUUCAGAAGUAUUUGACAGUGGUUCUCAAGAGCACCAUGGAAAGACUUUUUAUUCAAGAUACUCACUGGAAAUCGAAGAUGGAUUUUUGGAUUGCAAACAGCGUAAGGAUAGAGAUGAUAGGUCGGAGAAAAGCGAAAGUUCUCUCUUACAUCUUCAUGGCACUGAUAUCCCAGGAAAGGGGUAUCAAGAUGCUUCAAUAUCUGAACAAAAUUGCCAUGAGAAGCUGUGUUCAGCAGCGGGCUCGGGUCCAGGAGAAAAAACAAGUGUCAGUAGGAAGAAUGAAGUGGUGAGUGAGUUUCUCCAGUGCAAUAAAAACAUAGACAAUGAUGCAAAAUCUCAAGAAAGACCAUGUCAUUUGGAUCUUCACCAGAGAGAAAUCAUUUCUGAUGGGCAAAAGAACAGCUCUGCAAAGCCUGUAGAAGCCAGUAAGAGUCAGAUACUGACUCAGGAAGUUCAAGUGAGAGACAGUCCCCCAGCGGCGACUGAAUGCGCUAAUACUGAUUUACUUCCAGGAGACAUAGAUGAUUAUGACACAAUGGCACAAACCUGCCUGUAUGAGCAUCGGCCUUCCAAAACCCUUUCUCCAAUAUACGAGAUGGAUGUUGGAGAAGCAAUUGAGCAGAGGAUGGAUUCAGAAACAGCAGUUCUAGAUGUGGAUUUUGAAGAUCAGCAGUUUGCAGAGCAGGACUGGACUCUUCUCAGGCAAUUGUUAUCUGAGCAGGACUCAAACAUAGGUUUCAAAAACUCUGUUCCUGAAGACCUUAACUUAGCACAAUGUCUUAUCAAUCAGACACUGUUUCUGGCACGCGAUGGUUCGCAUCCUCAGGGUACAUCACAAGUUGACACAUUCAGUAGGUGGACUGAACUCAUGUCUCCACUUGAUGACUCUUCAGCAAGCAUUACAGUAGCAAGCUUCUCAUCUGAAGACUGUUCAUCCCCUCAAGGGGAAUGGACCAUUCUUGAACUGGAAACCCAUCAUUAAGGUGAUCCGAUGUUUGCAGCUGAACUCCAACCUGUUCCCUAAAUCUAUUUUUGAUGAGUUGUUUCCAUACAGUAAUGAAAUACUGCAUCAGUCAAGAACAAGCAAUUCUUAAUACUGAGGCAAUCUUUCUGGUAUAAUGAGGUAAAUAUGUUAAUUUAUAAUCUAGUUUUAAUCACAGGUACGAUAAUUUUUUCAAGGCUUAAAUGUGUGUCUUUUCUAAAAAUGAACUUUGAGCAUGUAUUUUCUAGAACUAUUAGAAAAAUUAGGUUACAUGAAAGAAAAAUCUUGGUUUCUACCCUCCUUUUCUCUUUCUUUCUAACAUUUAAUAUUCUCAUUGAGCAGGAACUUAAAGAUGACUGCACAAUUAGUAGACUGUUCUCUUUUUUUCUCCUCUCUCUAUAUGGUGACUUCAUUUUACAAGAAUAAAAAUUCAGAACAGUUGUGUUGAAAGGUGAUGUGUGCCAACGCUGCUUUCAAUGACAGAAAAAUACACUUGUGUUUAAAGAAAACGUUUCAGUAUGAACCUGCCUUGGGCUUUAUGAGCAGCUUGUUUCAUCUGUUUCUUCCAGAUUGGAUUUUUGUAUUUUCGGUUUGUUUUGUUUUGAAGUUUCCAAUAAAUUUUUUAAAUUGUCUUUCCUUUAACUGUAGUCCAUCAGAAGGUCGGUGCUACAGGGUGACCACUGUUUAUUUUUUGGAAAUAGUUAAGUCAAUAUUUUUAAUGUCAUAGUGUAUGAAUUCUGAGGAGUUGGUAGAAUGCUGCUCCUGUUCUAAAACAAAAAACAAGGUAUGUCUGGUAUCUUCACAUGUAUCUCGGUCAGAAGUAGUGGCCAGUGUUCCAUCAGAAGUUUGAUGUUGACUGCAAUUACAUUCAGGUUUCGGUUCAUUACACUGUGGCCUUCUGACGCUCUCUGAGGCACGGCAAGACUCUUAGGAAUCUGGUUUUAUUUGUUCUCAUAGAUGCUACAGUUUUGGAGGGUUAAGGGAAUACUUACUUCUUCUAGCCUCUAGCAUAGCUUUUAUAUUGAGACAAAAUGUCAGCGUAACCACUCUUCUGACUAAGUGGAACAGAAUAUACUUCACUGCUCGUUGUGCUGCUUUUGGGUGUGGACAGGACCAAUUAUUGUCUCUUCUGGUUUGUUGGGGGAGGGAGUGAGUAGCUACUCAUAAUUCUCACCGAGUUAGAACUCCUCCUGAAACAUCCAGGGACACUUUUCCAGGAUGAUAUUUUCCCUGCAGCCAUCAGCCCUCUGAGAGAUCUGCAUUAUGGAAAUAGCAGGGCUUGUCUUUCGCACAGCUGGGAGUCUGAACAGGCAGUGUUCUCCCUCCUCUCGGUCUCUAACAGAAGUGCCUUCAGACUUGGGUGCUGUAGGGCAGAAAAAGGCUAAUGACUGUUCUUUGUUGUUAAAACUGUUUAAGAUAAGUGCACAGCUUAAGCUAGCUAUAACCACCAAGAAUAGGGCCGGGUUUGCAAGCUUUUGCACAAUUCCAACUGUGCACCUUAAUUCUCUUUAGAAACUUCCUUUUGUUUUCUUCAGUCAGAAACUCUCAGUUGGGUGGAAAUAUGAACUCGCUUCAGCAUAUGACUCUCUAUUAUCUAGAAAGCCACUUUGUUGAAAUUCUGAUACUGAAGUAGAAGUGGUGUUUUAUUUUCCCCAAAUUAAAUGGGGGAAGAAUUUUAUCUCCUCCUUUAACAUCAAGGCAGGGGAAAAAAGGAAAACCUUCCUUUCUCUUUAUGUCAAUAAAGAAGAAAGACUCAAAACUCAUGUAAAGGUUGAUGUUCAGUCUCAUCAUAAAUAUCUUUCCCCUACUCUUUUAGCUUUUAGCAGCAUAAAUAGUCUGAGAUGACACAAUUCAAAGUAUUUUAAAUGUAAUAUGCUGCAUUAACGCCAGUCUUCAUUUUGGGUGAGUUAGAAGAACCAAAUUUUUAAGAGAAUCUAUUUUUCACCUUCAACUUUAUCCACUGUCAGUAUAGACAGUAACCUUUUUUGAUAAAUGAAAGAACCAUGGUAUUAGCCAUAGGAGAUGAUGAAACUCUGGAGCAGCUCUUACAGAAGGCUGAGGAAUGGUAUUUUCUCAAUUUCUAUGUAAAAGACUACAGUAAAAGUUGUUUAAAUACAAUUUAAUGAACUUUAAAAUCCUGAUGCUAUUUUGGCAGGGAGCAUUCACAUGCUAAACAAAAUGAAACGAUGGAAAGAAGAUAAAGGAUUAGGAAAAGGGACAGAAAGUAAAAGAAGGGUCCCUUUUGUCUAUUUUUUUUUUUUUGUGCUUUAACCGUGCUUUUAACUUCAUACUGAAUUGAAAAAGUAACACUGAAAAGUGGCACACAAAGCUCUGUUGUGUGAAAUGCAAUCACAUAUAGAGGGGUUUAAACUCUUUUCUUUCUUUGCAUUUACUUUUCCAGUUGUGUGACAAUUAAGUUAGCUUCUUUCUCCAAGUUCCCGGUGAGGUUGCAAUUCCUUUAGCAGUUUUGGGGAGGCCAGUGAUUAGGAUUUGGUGUUUUGUUCACUUGGUACAUAUGCAGCCAUAGCAUCCAGCUUCUCACAGCCAAGGCGACUCUGUAGAAGCAGCAGGGAUAGAAAGCGGUAUUGUUUUUCAUUCGCGUUAGCAGAGUGCCUGCGCGGCUCAGUCAGAGCAGCGUCCCACUGGCGAGACGUUGUACAAACACAGAACAAAAACAAGGGCUUCCCACUGAGCAGUUAUAAUCCAGGCUAAGACAAAAGACAAAAAAACAUGGAUGGAAAGGUAAAAUGAGAGCGUCAGUAUUUGUCUAGCUGAUUAGCAAUGGUUUUGGCAUUCCAUCAAUUUAAAUAUAGUCAUUUUUUUAUUCUGCAGACAUGAUGAGAAGGGAAGAUGUAGCAACAAGAAACAGUGAAAUUUAGAGGCGAGGACUUAGAAGUCAGAGUUUAAAAUAGUGACCCUGGGUUUACUUGACGUGAAUGACACGUUAUGAAAGUGAAAAAUAAGGGAGGAUGUUUGAUGUGUAUGGAUUAAGUUUAACAUAGGCCAGGCCUCCAAAGAUUGAUGGCAAGAGGUACUAUUACUAGUUUUGUUUGGAAAAUUAGACUGGAGAAGUAGCUUUGCAGGUUUUUUCAUGUAUAAGAUGCUAGCUAGGAUUGUAUUAGUGGAAUAAAACACUGUCAGAUGUAUUGCAGAGAGAAAAGCUAAGGAACUUGAGGCCCAAAUGCUUAGACCACGACAGGAAACUGAGGAAAGUGAAGGUUCAUCCAAGUUAUUGCCAAGGAAAUAAACAAAGAUGAUAACAGGAGUCAAACCAGGAUGGCAGGAUAUAAGGGGAAAAAGCAUCAUAGGCUUCAUUGAAGAUGGCCAACAAGAGAGGUGAGUAUAAAAUAGCAGUUUUGAGGCCAGUUCAGACCGUGUUCUCGAGUACUGUGACCAAAAUAAUACCUUGGCUUCCUAAGAAUGAAAGGCAAGUAGUGGCCAGUUUGGUACAGGAUGAUGGAAGUGCAGGAAGGAAACUGAGCUUCACCUUUGGCUCACAAAGAGAGGCAACAGUUAAAGCAUGUCGGUUAAUAACAGAUUUUGGGUUGGUUUUGAAAGGCAUGAUAUUAUACCAGAUCUAUAUAGUGUAGCAAAAGAAAUGAGGAGACUGAGAGACUAAAGCAGAGAUCAGGAAGACGUAAGUGUGCGUGAAAGCUCAGCAGGUUGCUAGGGCUGUGUCAGGGUCUAUAGCACAUAAAAUGGUAUUAUUGUUGUUGUUAUUAUUUUGGAGGAUCUAGUGGGCGUGUGUUCCUCACACAAAGGCUGUCUGUCGGAGCUGUUCCCCAGUGUUGUCUACCUAGUUUCUUUCAGGGAAUGUGUACAAAACAAAAGUAAUGCCCCUGUUUUGGGUACAGAUUACGGGAGACUGUUUUAAGACUUCUAAUAUAUAUUAUUGCUAUCUGGAAAGUAGUAGCAUGCUCAUUCUACUUUGCUCCAGCAAAUCUAAACCUUUGCAUGAAAGAAUCGAGAACUGCUAUUACAUCUGUUGCUCAGAACCAAGACACCUAAGAGGUCAUUAUUUCGCUUCCGCUAACAUCAAAGGACAAACUCCUGUUGACCUCGGCUGAAGCACAUUCAGGGCUUACCCAUAGUAAGUGCAUGUACUAGAAAUGCUAUUUUUCCAAUGUAUCCAUUUCCUAGUUUUUCAGCUUUACUAAGGUUGUACAAUUGUAGAUGUGACAAAUUGCAGCUGGAAGGACUUCAAUUUAGAAGCCAUAAUUGUAUGCUUUGUGUUAAUAGUUCAUGACCGGAGUGAUUUAACAUUGAGACGUUGAUAGAUUACUUUCUUGCCAGAACUACGCAGGAUCUGAGGACAAAGAUAGAAUGAGAAAUAGCAGCUUUGUAACAACAGAUUAUUCCAUGGGAAUGGGCUUUUAGAUUUGAAAUCCAAUGUAAUUAGAAGCUCUCAUCUCUUGCAGCAAAGCCAGGCUGGUUUGCAGCUCUCUUGAACACAAGCUACGGGUGCUAUUUUUUGAAAAAUAAGCUUGACUCUAUUCCUUGGCUAAUUUAAACCCAAGCUUUGUAUCAAUAACUACUGCAUGUGUGUAAGGCAACUAGACCUGUAACAGAGGAAAGUGAUUUAAAUAUAAUGUGGAUUAUCAAGUGGGGAAAAAGACUGAGUUUGAUUUAUUUUCUUAUUUACUUUUGGUACCUAAUAACUGGAGCAGAUCUGCAGGGCAUGCCUGCACACACACCUGUUUGUUUCUUGCAUUUGACCUUCUUUAUCCUUUGCUUUGCAAUCCAUCCUGUGUGGUCAAUUAGGCCACAGUUCUGCAAGCACAACAGCGAAUCCACUUAAACAUUUGCAGAUUGGCUUUCAGGUUAAUGUGCACUUUUCAGAAAGGGUAAUGGAACUGGCACUGGGGGCAGGCACUGUGCUUACUGGGGUUUUUCUAUGGUACUCAGCUUAAUAAGGUUGUAAUCCUGAUGAACCAUCUGGACGCAGUUAAAAGUAUGAAAUAAUAACGAAAUUCCAUUAAGUCGCUUCACUGUUCUCCUUGAUUUGUUGCUGCAGUUCCCAGCUCACAAGGCUGUUCCAUUAGAGAAAUCAAAGUCCUCAGAAACAUAACUCCUUGCAUUAUGUGCAACAACAGAUCUUUUGCUGUUGCACAGUAAAAUACGAAUACUUGAUGAGAUCUUCAAUAACUGAAGCCUCAAUAGUGAGAGGGGGGGUGACUAUACCUCAGUAACUAGGUAUAUUUAACCAGCACAUCAAUGAGUAAAAUAGUGUUUGUACAUUAACAAAAGGAGUGUUAACCGGAUUAGAGUGAGUGCGCGUUCUGGUGAUCCUCGGCAGGGGCUCACAUGUACAGAUCGGAGGACUGACCCCGGUUACCCAGGCAGUCCUGGGUUUUACAUUUAUGCACACAACUAAAAGUGACUGCCUUUUUCUCAGCUCCCACUGGAAUUAUUGUGCAUGGUAUCAGAUCCACAUUUAUAAAAAUCAGGAUAUUUUUAAGUGUCUGAACAGAAAAGCUGGUUGGUAACCCAAGUAAGCAGUUGGACUCACAUAGCUGACUUUCUAACGGUAUAAGCCAGUUUUGAGGCUGAUCUCACCAGAUGACAUAAUUCUACAGCAUUCUCUUUUAUGCAAUCCUUAUCUAGUCAUUUGUGUGAUUUUUCUUACACUUGUGUUUAAUGAAAUCGUUUUAUUUAUUCACUUUUAAGUGUGGCGUGGCAUCCUGGCUCUCCAUAGAACUACACCAGUGCUUAAAAUAUAAACCAUAUAUCUACAAGCCAGAUUCAGUGGAGGUAGCAGUUUGUUACCUUCACAGGAUGAGGUGUUUGUCCAUGUCCGUGAACAUGAGACCCAUCUGUAAGUCAAACUUCCUUCCUGUAACAACACGUCCUUCUGUAUCUUUGUGGUAAAGAAGGAAACUUCAGUCUCCAUUUUUGGGAUUAUCCUGUUCUAUAAAUCAGGAUUAAUCCUAGAUAUAUAUAGUGGAAUGCAUUUGGAGAAGAGUUGGAGUCACCACCUGUAGUCCAUGGCUUUAAGGUCCUAGAAUAUUUUGGUCUCUCUAUCUUUGGGAGAGUGAGGGGGGGAUGUUAAGCUCUCAAUGAAUGCUUGCAUGUUUUCCACUCACUUGCUUUUCAAACCUAGGUAAUUAGCUGGGACCUAAGUAACAAGAUUUCUAAAUGAAACAUGGUCUUCUGUUCCAGAACCUCUGUACGGUCGCAUCAUCCCACAAGCUUCCUUUCCCAUGCUACAUACUGAAGAUUCUUAGUUGAUUUCUGUAUGACAGAAAAUAAUAAAUCCGAUCUGUAACUCAGCUGCUGAGUCACUGUACUUCAUUGAACUGGUGGGCUGCUGCCAUCAGUUUUUGUGUUCUGUAAACUGCAAAAA